AUGAGAGAAAUUAUUCAUUUGUCUACUGGUCAAUGUGGUAACCAGAUUGGUGCUGCGUUUUGGGAGACUAUUUGUGGUGAACAUGGGUUGGAUAACAAUGGUAACUACCAUGGAGAAGACGAUCUUCAAAAAGCGAAGCUUAACGUGUAUUUUAACGAAGCGAGCUCAGGUAAAUACGUCCCUCGUGCGGUGUUAGUGGAUUUGGAACCGGGCACCAUUGAUGGGGUCAAGACGUCGAACAUCGGGAAUCUCUUUAGACCCGACAACUAUAUUUUUGGCCAGAGUAGUGCGGGCAAUGUGUGGGCCAAGGGACAUUACACCGAGGGGGCGGAAUUGGUCGACUCGGUCAUGGAUGUGAUUAGAAGAGAAGCAGAAGGAUGUGACUCGUUACAAGGGUUUCAGAUCACCCAUUCGCUUGGGGGUGGUACUGGUUCUGGUAUGGGUACCUUAUUGAUAUCGAAAAUGAGAGAAGAAUUCCCCGACAGAAUGAUGGCCACCUUCUCGGUCGUUCCAUCGCCAAAGGUCUCCGAUACCGUUAUCGAACCUUAUAAUGCCACCUUGUCGAUCCAUCAAUUGGUGGAAAACUCCGAUGAAACCUUCUGUAUUGAUAACGAAGCCUUAUACAACAUUUGUCAAAAAACUUUGAAAUUACCACAACCAUCGUACGCCGAAUUGAACAGCUUGGUUUCGUCUGUUAUGUCUGGUGUCACCACCUCGUUACGUUACCCAGGUCAAUUGAACUCUGACUUGAGAAAAUUAGCCGUCAACUUGGUUCCUUUCCCAAGAUUGCAUUUCUUCAUGGUUGGUUACGCCCCAUUAACCUCCUUACGUUCCAAAUCAUUCAGAUCCUUAACCGUUCCUGAAUUGACUCAGCAAAUGUUUGAUGCAAAGAAUAUGAUGGCUGCCUCCGACCCAAGAAAUGGUCGUUACUUAACUGUGGCCGCGUUCUUCAGAGGUAAGGUUUCCACCAAGGAAGUCGACGACGAGAUGCACAAGGUUCAAACUAGAAACUCUUCGUACUUCGUCGAAUGGAUCCCUAAUAACGUUCAAACUGCCGUUUGUUCGGUUCCUCCAAAGGAUUUGGACAUGUCUGCCACCUUUAUUGGUAACUCCACCUCCAUUCAAGAAUUGUUCAAGAGAGUUGGUGACCAAUUCAGUGCGAUGUUCAGAAGAAAGGCUUUCUUACAUUGGUAUACUUCCGAAGGUAUGGAUGAAAUGGAAUUCACCGAAGCUGAAUCUAACAUGAACGAUUUGGUCAGUGAAUACCAACAAUACCAAGAUGCCGGUGUUGAUGACGAAGAAGAAUUGGAUUAUGCUGAUGAAGUUCCAUUAGAAGAUGGUUUAGAAUAA